GUGUUUUUGGACGCGGUAUGCCACCGGCUCAGCAUCAGGCUCAAUCCUCUCAAGCUCCAGUCUGGCGUUGAUUCCCCUAUUCUUCAGCGCAAUGACACCAUCACUCUUAUCUAUUGGCAUGAACAGUACUGUUUCAUUUCAUCAUCUUUCCGCUAUUUCAUCAUUCAACACACGACCAUGCAACAGCACAGAGCACACAGGGGUGCUCACGGCAUCUCUACCAGCAUCCUGUCUAAUCCGCCUUUAAGGACACGCUCUUUUUUACAUGCU